AUGCCACCCCAAAAAGUACGGGAUCAGUCAGGAUGGCAUGACUAUUUAGCUGCCCGAAACGCUCAACUACCAUCCCUCCCCGCGGUCACGAAACUCAGUAAUACGGUGGUUCGAAUCCUCGGGGGAAACCCUGGUGACAUGCAACUACAAGGAACCAAUACUUAUCUAGUUGGAAGUGGUCAAACAAGAAUUUUAAUAGACACGGGACAGGGAUUUCCCAUCUGGCUCACAACACUAUCCAACUUCCUCAAUCAGCACCAAUUGAGCAUCUCUCAUGUCCUGGUAACUCACUGGCAUCCCGACCAUACCGGUGGUCUCUCGGCGCUGUUGGCCAAGUAUCCAUCUCUGAGCGCGGCAGUUUACAAAGCCGAUCCAGAGCGGGGUCAACAGUCCAUUCGCGAUGGGCAGACCUUCACUGUUCCAGGUGCUACACUCCGAGCCUUGUUUACACCUGGACAUAGUCACGAUCACAUGUGCUUUCUCUUGGAAGACUGCGGCGCCAUGUUCACAGGCGAUAAUGUGCUUGGGCAUGGAACCAGCGUGGUUGUCGAAGACCUGAGAAAAUACAUGAAAAGUCUACAAACAAUGAAGCAAGCUGCCGAAGUUGAGGACAUUGCAAUCGGAUAUCCCGGGCACGGUGCCAUGAUCAAAGACCUGCCUGCCAAGAUUACAGUCUACAGUAGACAUUGGGAGACGCGGGAAAGGAGGAUUUUAUCGGCGUUUGUUGGGAUAAACCCGAAGGCUAAAGUAUUUUUGACGACCCAGGAGACUACUGCACGCCUCUAUGGUGCUGCGAUGGAUGCAAUGGCCGGGCCAUUCGUAGCGCAGGUCUUGUUAAAACUGGCCGAGGAGGGAAAGAUUGGAUCUGCUGAAAUAGGACAAGAGAAAAAGUGGUUUGUACUUUAG